CCCGGCGCGUGCCAUCAAAGACGGAGUCAUUUUACGCCCGAAGUUGACGGUGUGGGUGUCUCGAAGGUGGCGCCCGUGGAAGACAGGAACCCUUUCGGCUUUGCUUUCGUACAGGAGUCUAGGGCAACGUCCCACGAACAGAUACCGUGCUAUCCACCAACAUACUAAAACGGGCUCUCUACGGAAUAGAGGACCACGUCAUCAUGGCCCGUGCGACCUUGUCUGCUGCAGUAUCCGCCCUGCUGAUCUGCACCUUCAUGGGCAUGGUUACAGUGACAACCCAGUCAGCUGCUGCUGGUCCUUCUGCCACCGCCACGUUCAUCAAUUACAAUGCAGGACAUGAUUAUGAUGAUGUCAUGCUUCACAAUGAUGACGGUAUGCUCGACGAGGAUGAUGUCAUGGACGAUCAGGAGGUCAUGGACGAUCAGGAGGUCCUGCUUGAUGCUGAUCACAUGGAUGAUACGGACGCUGAUGAGAUGGGUGACACUGAUGAUAAUGACUACUUCGCACAUGAUGGGCGGGAUGAAGACGACGCUGAAGACUGGUCACGUGAUGAUCUGGAGGUGCUUGAAGGCCAUGAUCGCCUCCGUACUGAACGAUCACCUGUGGCUGGGUGGGGCGUCAGGCGCAUUGUGCGCGGCGUCAAGCGAAAGGUGUCUAAAGCGACCAAGGGCAUCGUCAGAGGAACCAAGCGCAUCGCAAAGGGCGUGGUGAAGACUGUUGCUAGGACGACCAAGGGUGCAGCCAGGUUAACAGGUCGUGUUACAAAAGGCGUGGUGAGGACUGUUUCCAGGACGGCUAAGGGAGUUGCUAAGGGCAUCGGACGAGCAAGCAAGGGCAUCGGACGAGCAAGCAAGGGCAUUGGAAAGGGGAUAGGGCGGCUUGCCAAAGCAACCUCCAAAGGACUUGGAAAGCUCACCAAAGGAAUUUCCACUAAAGGCAUCGGCCGUAUCAUCUCCAAGACAACCAAGGGCCUGCGGAAGGGCGUUCGCAAGGUCAUCUCUGGAGCAACGAAAGGAGCAGGUGGCCUGAUUCGCAAAGGAAUCGGUUCGCUCGUCGCUAAAGGAGCUGGUAGGCUUGUCAGCAAGGCCGCCAAGAAGUUCAUCCCCAAACGCCUGGCAAAGGCAGUGAGGAAAAUGCUACUGAACGAGAAAUUCAUCAAAGUGCUGGACAAGAUGGGGAAAGUAGUAAACGUGGUCGGUGGGCUGUGCUGCACGGUGGGAAUGGCAGUGCCUGUUUACGGCCCGUCAUGCUGCGCGGGCACCAAGGUGGGCAAGCAGGUCCUCAACGGGCUUCGGCUCGCACAGCGAAUAGCCAAACCACUGGUUAGUGAAGAUGAACACCGUCGUAGUCCUCCCUACAUGUACUCAUACGUGUACUACGCAAACAAUGGCCGUUAUCCAAUGCCAUCUGUCACCUACCCUACACCUCAUAUGAUCAGCUUAGUAGAUCGCCUACAAGACGUGGUCUGCUCCAUGGCAAGCCUGCAAACAACCUGCCAGUCGGGCAUCUACCGGAAACCAAUCGCGCACCAAGUCAUCAGCCACCGUUUCCCAAAUGCCGUCACGGCGGCCAAUUCCACGCUUUACUCAAUGCGAGAUAUGGUUAGCGUGCAACAGCCGCCUCGACGCUUCACGUAUAGCCGCGUAAGGAAGCCUUCGCCUGAGGACACACUAUGCCAAACACGUCGUCAACGACUUCCUCUCUGUUCCGCCUCGACUGCAGUUGCCGGAGGAGCAUGCAGAGUUGGUGCGCAACGACCAUCAGGAGUAUGGUGUACAUCCCUGCAGCUGUCAGCACUUCACCAGCUAAGCGAGCUCAUGGUCGACCUCACCCGUGCUCUGCAAUCCACUACUUUCCCACAGGCAAUCAGGUAUUACUAGUUACCCGAACCGGUCCUGCCAUUGGGCAGAACGCCCAAAAUUCUGGGUGAAUCGCCUCGGCCCCACUGACUUCGAAGCCUAUAAUUUAUACUGAGUACUUCGAAGUAUAAUAUCACUCAUUUGUUAGUACUUGUUACCCGAUCCGGUCUUGCCCUUGGGCAGAAUGCCCACGAUUCUGGGUGAAUCGCCUCAGUAACACUUACGUCGAAGCCUGUCAUAUCACUCAUUUCGGCACAUGACAUUGCGGAACAGGACACCAGCUGUACAAGAAGCUGUUUCAUGGCCUAGCUUCAUGUUAAUUGUUGCCCAUUUUGCGUUCAAACCCUCUUCAUGCUUGUGAUGUUAGCAACUCAACGAAUGUGUUCUCUCUCAAUCCAAUUAGCGGGGAAGCAUUUUAGUGCAAAGAUCGCUUUUUUUUUUCUUUUUUUACAAUGAUCACAGCUGCCCGGCAAAGACAAAAACUGCAUAUUGGGAGUUUUAUGUUUUUUUAUUUUUUUAUAGUGUGGUUUGUUUAUCGUAGUUAGAUCACUCUGGCGUUAGAGUUGGAAUUCAGUCUAAGAUUGCUUUGUUUUUCAGUAGACUUCAUUGCAUGCUUCACACUCUCAUGUAAUAUUUCUUUCCUUUCUUCGUCUUUUUUUGUGAGAGCUUGGACAAUCAACAUGUCCAACACACACCACUCACACAGACACACAGACACACAGACAAUCCACUUGUCCAUGCAAGAAGACAGCAGUGCCUGUUCAUUCUGGUGAAGUAAAAUAAAAUAAUUAUACCACCCAACCAACUUCAUUGCGAUCGGUUUUGCCAGUAACUUUGAGCCCUGCUGAGGAGACCUAGCAAGGUUUAAACAGCUGUUCAUGUUCAGAGAUUGAGUAAAAGAGUGCUAUUCGCAAGCUCUCGCCUUUCAGUACUCCCGCAACCAUUAGUUCACUGAUCAAAUCUGUAUGACCCAAUGAGCAUUGUGAAUGAAUGACCGCAAAUGUCUUCUUUAACUUUGA